GGGAAGCAGCUCAGGGCCUGAGAUCCCGUUCUUGGGCGUCGUAGAAGCAGACAGCACAUUUUGGGAAGUCUCAGGGGCUGGCUAAGCUGAGUACUCUUGUGUCCAGGAGCAAUCUCCUCCAGAGAGCUGGCUGGAAACUGGGACUUCUGGACUUGAGAUCUCUCUGCCUCCUGCAAGCCAAUUCUGUAGGUGCAGGACCCAGGGUAUACUGGGGCUUUGAAGGUUGAGCUCUUCCAGUGAGCAGAUGACACUGUCCCAAGAUUUUUGCUUUGGGGCCAGAAGCUUGGUUACUCUCUUCCUGCCUCAAAUAUAAAGCCUCAGGAGCUGGCUCCUUGCCCAUCAUGCCAAGGGCUCUACAACUGGCAUUUCAACUGCUGUGCCAGCCCCCUGUCUAGGAAAAGAAGGGAACAACAUCUGUUCAAUUAUAAUCAUCUCCCCCAAACAGCCUGCAGAGGACCAAGGCUUGACCCAAGCAGGGAGCCUGGAGCCAGAGGGAAUGGCCCCUGAGAACCACAGACUCCCAUCCCAGGAGCUGGUGACCUUCAAGGAUGUGGCUGUGGACUUCAGCCCAGAGGAGUGGGGUCUGUUGGACCCAGAUGAAAAAGAGCUGUACAAAGAGGUCAUGCUGGAAAAUGCUGAGAACUUGCUCUCCCUGGGACUUCCAGUUCCCAGAGAUUUCAUCUCCCAUGUGGAGAGAGGAGGCCUGAGGAACUCCUGUCCUGAUGCAGAGACACAAUUUGACAUGAAGGAGAUGAGUGCAAAUUUGAAAAUUAUCUCAUGGAAAGACCCUUUUCAGUAUAGUGAAUACAUGGCUGUUUUUGCUAAGCACAAAAGAAACCAUACUGAAGAGGAACAUUGUGAAUGGAAUAGACAGAAAAAAGCUUUAAGAAAGGGUUCCAGUUUUGCUAAAGAUAAGAAUAUACAUCCUGAAGAGAAAACACCUGAGUGCCACGAAUGUGAUAAAGCUUUUAUUGCACUCUCUUCCCUUGCCAAGCAUCAGAGAAUCCAUGCUGGAGAAAAACCUUAUGAAUGUAAGAAAUAUGGGAAGGCUUUGAGAGAGCAAUCUAUUCCUGUUGAACAUGAGAGAAUUCACACAGAAAAACAAUCUUACAUAUGCAUUCAGUAUGGAAAAGAUUUUCAAUAUUAUUCCAAAUUUGCUCAACAUCAGAGAAUCCACACUGGAGACAAGCUUUAUGACUGUAAGCAAUGUGGAAAGGCUUUCACAAAGCGCUACUACCUUAAUACACACCAGAGAAUCCACACUGGAGAAAAGCCUUAUGAAUGUAAUGUAUGUGGAAAGGCUUUCACCCUGAACAGCAGUCUUACUUCCCAUCAGAGAAUCCACACUGGAGAAAAGCCUUAUGAAUGUAAUGAAUGUGGAAAGACUUUCAUGCGGAGUUACAGUCUUCUUGAACAUCAGAGAAUCCAUACUAGAGAGAAGCCCUAUGAAUGUAACAAUUGUGGAAAGACUUUCAAAUGGCACUCUAAUCUUGCUAGGCAUCAGAGAAUGCACUCUGGACAGAAGCCUUAUCAAUGUAAUGAAUGUGGAAAGACUUUCACACACUGCUCCAGUCUUACUAAACAUCAGAGAAUCCACACUAGAGAGAAGCCUUAUGAAUGUAAUGUAUGUGGAAAGGCUUACAUAAAGAGCUCCAGUCUUCUUGAACAUCAGAAAGUCCACACUGGAGAGAAGCCUUUUAAAUGUAAUGAAUGUGCAAAGACUUUCACAGAUCGCUCCAGUCUUACUAAACAUCAGAGAAUCCACACUGGAGAGAAGCCUUAUGUAUGUACUGAAUGUGGAAAGACUUUCACAUAUCAUUCCAGUCUUGCUGUCCAUCAGAAAAUCCACACUGGGGAGAAGCCUUAUGAAUGUAAUGAAUGUGGGAAGGCUUUCAUACAGCGUCACAGUCUUCUUGAACAUCAGAGAAUACACACUGGAGAGAAGCCUUAUAGAUGUAAUGAAUGUGGAAAGACGUUCAUGCGCAGUUAUAGUCUUCUUGACCAUCAGAGAAUCCACAUUGGAGAGAAGCCUUAUGAAUGUAAUGAAUGUGGAAAGGCUUUCAUACGGAGUUACUGUCUUCGUAAACAUCAGAGAAUCCACACUGGAGAGAAGCCUUAUGGAUGUAAUGAAUGUGGAAAGGCUUUCACAAAGCGCUCCUACCUUGAUGCACAUCAGAGAAUCCACACUGGAGAGAAGUCUUAUGGAUGUAAUGAAUGUGGAAAGGCUUUCACACAGUGCAGCAGUCUUGGUAAACAUGAGAAAAUCCACAUUGGACAGAAAUCUCAUGGAUGUGGAACCCUUCAGACUAAGCUGAAAUCUUGCUUAACAGAGAGUGCACAUUAGCAAAAUACUUUUGAGUGUCUGGAUCAUGGUAAAGUUUUUAGUAUAUAUUAGUCUCUGACUAGACUUGGGAGAUCCCAUACUAAAUGUAAAAUCUCAUUUAUACAAUCCAAGUGACAAAACAUCCAGGCUCACUUCAUUCCGGAAUUGCCUCCAGAAAAUUCCUAGCAGAUUGAAAUCAUGGAUAAAGGCAUAAAGAUGGAAGACAGUGCUUGUUAGUCAGCAUCAAUUUUCUGCUUGGGAAGAAAUCUCCUAUCAACUUGGCAUGGGAAGAUCUUUUAGCCCAGGUUCAUUUCUGACUUUAUAUCUGAGGAUACGGAAUAGAGAGAAGACUUACAAAUGUGCUGAAUGAUGACUUGCCCUUACCUGGAAGCUAAAGGUCAGUAUAAAUCAUAAUAUUCACACUGGAACGAAAUAAUAUGCAAAAUGUAUUUGCAGAAAGGCUUUCACCUGGAUCUUUGAGUAGAAAUCUUACUGUGGAUGAAACACAUAAAUAUAAUGAAUGAGGCAAGGCCUCUUCAUACAGCUCAGAUCUCAUUGGAUAUUAAAAUUUUAUACUAUGUAUAAAGGUGGGAAAAUAGAUUUGAGUUUUCUCUGAAAUCCCAAGAUUGAUGUCCAAAGAAGAGUCUUUAUAAUGGGGGAAAACCAAUUGUUUUAAUCUCCUUUCUUAAUAAUGAAUAAGAAAUUUGUUUACGUCAUUUUAAAUUGUUUUUGUUACUUAAUCUUCCUCUUCAUUGUCUUAUUUAUUCCAAAAUCCUUUGGCUUUCCAUCUGUGAUAAAUAAUAUUUUCAGAUUGUAAUUUUCUUUUAAAAUAUCCAUAAACAAUGAGAUGAUUCAGGCCAAUUCCAACAGACUUGUGAUAAGAGGGAACCAUCUGCUUAGUAAUUUCCUCUGUUUUUGUUGUUUAUUUGCAUUUUGUUUUCUUUCUCAUUUUUUAUCCUUUUUGAUCUGAUUUUUCU